AUGGUUGAAUUUGAUAAAGAGGGUGUCAUGAGACAGGGAGUUAACAUAUAUGCAUAUCCAGCUGGUCCUUCAAUUUUAUCAUGGCCUAGUCGGAAGACUGGAAGGACACCAAGAUCUCUCCAUUUGUAUGGUUUAUUUGGAGGGAAAAAGGAAAAUAAUGGAAAGGGUGAUGAUACGCCAUCAAAGGCAGGCACACUGGGUAAUAUGCAAAAUCUAUUUGAAACCGUUAAGAAAGCUCAAAUGGUAGUCCAAGUUGAAGCAGUGCGUGUGCAGAAAGAGCUUGCUGCAGCAGAGUUUGAUGGUUAUUGUGAAGGUGAGCUAAUUAAGGUAUGA